GUGCCCAAUUGUUGAGAUCUAGGGCGCAGUGCAAAGUGACCGCAUUUUCGAUGCAACACACCAAAACGCAAUGCAAACCUUGGGCAACAGAGAUCCAUCCUCUCUCACUUCACCGGAUUCCACUAUGGCGUCUAGGAGAAAGUCGAAUAACGAUGGAAGCGACUCCGACAUGGCGAUCUCAAGCGGAGAAGAAGGCAAUCCAGGGUCCACCACCACCCCCAACACCAGCAUCAUCGCCGCGAUCAAGGAUCAGCCCAAGGGUGACGAUAUGCAGCUUGGCGUGGAUUUUAUCGGCUUUGAGGAUAGCGAUGGAGAGGAUGGCAAUUUGGAUAAUGGCAACGUCGGCCAAAAAUCAUCAUCUGCAACAAACGAGGGUACAGCAGAUACCCAAUUAAACACGCAUGGCACAAAGCGUAAGCGCUCGCAGGAUGACGAGGAGACAGAUCCCGAGCUAGCUCCCAUAACUGGCCCGCCCCCUGGCUGUCCGUGGAUGGGUCACCGCAAUUACGCAGCAAUGGCGUCUGUCCCCAGGAUGCUGACCCAGGAACUGAAGGAUUUUGUCGAAUUUAUCAGUCCGACGAGAGAGGAGCACCAGAUCCGGAAAUAUGUCCUGCGCAGAAUCCGGGAUAUCAUUCAAGAACUCUGGAGCGACGCCGAUGUGAUGGUUUUUGGAAGCUUUGAUACAAGGCUCUACCUGCCUACGAGUGAUCUGGACGUUGUAGUGAUUCGGGACAAGGCAUUCUUCAAGGAGGACCUUCACCGACUUUCGAACCACCUUCGGGUAACCCAGUCUGCGGUCGAAAUUUCCGUCAUUGCGUCCGCUAAGGUGCCUAUCGUCAAGUUCAAGGAGGCUAUCAGCGGAAUUGCCGUCGAUAUUUCGUUCAACAUCAUAAACGGAGUUCAGAGUGGCGCAGUGAUCAACAGUUUCAUUGACGAGAUGCCAGCUUUGCGACCCUUGACGAUGCUUAUCAAGCAUUUUUUGAUGACUAAAAGUCUUAACGAGGUCUAUCAUGGUGGCGUCGGUUCUUACACGACUGUGAUCAUGAUCCUCAGCUUCUUGCAGAUGCACCCUCAAGUUCAGAUGCGAAGGAUCAACCCUCAAGACAAUCUGGGCGUCCUCCUGAUUGAGUUCUUUGAGCUCUAUGGACUCUGCUUCAACUAUAACAGCGUCGGUAUCUCCGUGAGGGAUGGAGGAUCUUAUUAUAAAAAGGAUCCCAAUACUCCGGCUCCAUUCUUCCGUGGUGGUCCAGGACCUAGGCUAGUGCUAUCAUGCGACGACCCGAAUGAUCCCAAAAACAACACAGCAGCAGGCUCAUAUGCAGUAUGGAAGGUCCGAGAAGCUUUUGUCCGCGCUUACGGCACUCUCACUGGCGCAACUCAGAAGCGACAGCAGGAACUUUUUACUGAUCAUCGAGGGCAUUCGAGGAACGAUCGAGCGACUCAUGUGCGGUUUGAUGAACAUAAUCGGGUUGCGGUCGACUCCAAACAGAAGUCAUCAGGGCUGCACCAUUCCACUCAGGUGUCGCUGAUCAAGGACGUUUUUAUCAUACCAUCGACCAUUAUCCGACAUCGGCAAAAGAUUGCGGACGUUUUCUACGACGGUACUUAUCAGAGGAUGUACAAUGAACCCGAGGGCAUACACGGAUUGGACGAUAUGGAAUCGGCAGAAAGGGAGAUUUCAAGAGGGGAUGGCAGCGACAAAUAUUCCAGCAAUGACAGCAGUGAGGAAGACGGAGCAAUACGCAAGGGGAAGACGAAAAAGAAAAAGAAUAAGGCCAUGAAGGAACGGCAGAAUACGAAACUCGAACAACAGUCAGUGAAAUCUGGGAAGCCAAUCGCCAAUCGCAUCGCGCCCCUGCGCGACGUGGAGUUUGUCGACGGAGGCUACUCGGACGAGGACGAGGAAGACGAUUACUUUGUGAACCUGAUGAAGCAAGCCGGCAAAGAGUACGAGGUUAGCGACGAGGAGGCCUGUCUUCGUAGUCAGCGCAAGGAAUCAGGACACCGGGAUCCGGCCAACGUCAUCGCAAAGGAGGAUUCUAUUCAACUGCCGCAGCUGCAGUCUGUAGCGAACGCGCCCCGAAACAGCUCACGGAAUGAGCAACUCUCCAAGGACAACAAGAAUGGCAACAGCAACAGGAGCAAAUGAAGACCCAACAUCAAGCUUAUAGCUGCUACGAGAUGGCAGCAACAACUGGCGCCUCAUCACGAGCUAGUCAUCGUAGGCGCCGCAUACAUCGCAUACAGCAAUCGGAUCCCAUUGUAUAAUAAACCCUAGUAUGGAAAGCAACG